CCCCCUUUGUCUUACUAAGUCACUACAUGGAUGUGCAUGGGGAUAUCCACUGACUUUCGUUAAGUCUUGAUGGAUUCAUACAAUGCUGAGGAAGCUAUCAAACGUUAGUUUUAAGGACCUUCAGUUUAUUGACUGGCGAAAGGUUUCAGUGAAAGCUGGUAAUGGUGGUAAUGGAUGUGCUCACCUCCUGAGAACAGCAGGUAACCGAAGAGCAGGUCCUGAUGGAGGCAAUGGUGGUGAUGGAGGAAAUGUAAUACUUGAAGCUGAUGCAUCCAAGAAACACCUUCGACAUGUGAAGAAAUGUCUUAAAGCUGAAGAUGGAGGUAAUGGUCGAACCAAAUCAUGUCAUGGAAGAAAUGGAAAUGAUCUCAUAAUCAAGGUACCUUUAGGGACUGCAGUAACAUGUGAUGGAUCAUUGCUUGGUGACCUAAAGUAUCCCCAGGAUCAACUUGUUGUUACUAAGGGGGGAACUGGUGGUUAUGGAAAUAUUCACUUUAAAUCCUCUUCAAAUCGUCGACCAUUGGAGUUCACAAAUGGGGAACCUGGAGAAGAGAAGAUAGUUGAGUUAGAGCUAAAAACUAUAGCUGACAUAGGAUUGGUUGGUUUCCCAAACGCAGGUAAGUCGACCUUACUUCGUGCAAUUUCAAACGCCAAACCAGCGGUUGCAUCUUAUCUUACUACACGAAAUCCUUAUGUUGGUAUGGUGGAGUAUGAGGAUUAUGCCCAAAUUGCAGUUGCAGAUAUUCCUGGUUUAAUUCAAGGUGCUCAUAUGAAUAAAGGUCUUGGUCAUUCAUUUCUCCGCCAUGUUGAACGAUGUCGUUGUCUAUUGUAUGUCGUCGAUAUUUCGCAAGACAAUCCUCUUUCUUACUAUGAGAUGUUGAAGAAAGAGCUUGAUCUUUAUAAAUGUGGUUUAUCUACGCUUCCUGCUGCUGUUAUUCUCAAUAAAAUAGACCUUCUCCAAGACUUUAGCCGACAAAAUAACAUUGCAGGUGAUAUUCGAGAGAAAUCAUCACUUGCUGUUGUUAAAGUUUCUGGAAAGUAUGGUACAAAUAUCAUGGAUUUAAAAAUGUUUAUUAGACAGAUGUAUGAAAACCAUGUCAAUAGAAGAAACAACGAAAACUUGUUGUGAAUAGCAUUAUGAAAACAUGUUACCAAUAUUUUUUUGUUCAAAAGACAAUAAUGAAUUUUAGGAGGAAAAAACUUUAAAA